UGCAAAACAUAAUGCUAUGGCCACUGUAAAAGCACAGUAGUUAUCCUCUACUGUUUUGCAAUUCGCUAUGGCGACAGCUCCCUUAGGCCCACAACUGAAGUGCCGGGUCCUGCUUGACCCAUGGACUACAGCCGUCGCGUCAACUGCGGCGAGGCGUGGAGACCUCAAGGGCUUGAUAUCAACGGCAGACGAGGGCAGCGGCAACUCAGUAACGGCUUCCGCCGUUGCUGCAGCGACGACCGCUGAGCCCAAGAGCCAGACACCAAUUCCCACGAACAAUAGCUCAGUAUCAACAAAGUUUAACCUUCCUCAGCCCAAUGUCCUUCAACUCUUGCGGACUGCUUAUUAUGGCGCAGCACGCAACAUGCAUAAACGCAAUGCUGCACAGCCGGCAGGAGCGUCAGGGAAUCCCUCAUCCAUUUUGAAGGGCAUAACAGAGACGGAUGACCAAGGCCACUGCCGCAAGCCCAAGCGGCUUAAAGCAGCGGACGGUCUGAGCGGCGAUUGCGCUUCCGGGACAGCCUCACGUCGAGGAGCGGCCGCGCUUAAGCGCUUAUGUGCUGCAUUGGGUGUGUACACCCAGCAGGAAGACCUGCCGGAGCACGACCUUUCUUACGCGGUGGCUAGCUCCCGAGGAUGGCGCGUGGCCAUGGAGGAUACCUACGCUGCGGAGAUACCGCUGGGCGGCCCCUCCACCUCAUCACCAGCAACAGCAGCAGCAGCAGCUCCCGCCCCGCCUACCGCACCCUCCCCCCCGGUGUCCCUCUUUGCGGUGUACGACGGUCACGGCGGGGCGGAGGUGGCGCGGUACAGCGCACUGCGCAUGGGGCGAGCCAUCCGAGACGCCACAGCAGCAGCUGCCACCACCGCAUCUGCCCCUGCCAGCGGCGGCGCCAACCCGCCGCCCACCACCACCACCGACCCCUCUUCAACUCCCUGGGACUCCCUGCCUCCGCAACCUCACCCUCCUCCUGCCCCCCAGCCCCUGCUGCUGCCCCCCUCCCUGCGCGCCUCCGCCCUCCGCUCCGCCUUCCUGCACCUAGACCGGCAGCUGGGGCAGGAGGCGCACCUGCGGGAGCUGCUGGCGCUGGCCAACCCGGGGGUCAGCACCGCGCCGGC